CCUGACCCCCCUCCCUCGUCCUAUGGGACGGAUCAGAAAGCGGCUCCGGAAGUGACGCCCAUAACCGGAAGUAGCGCUGAGCGGACAGAAGCACGCUGUUGUAGCGAGGAUAAGCGGUGUUCCAGGAGGCAAACGGUGCUCGGUAUUAAGAUGUUUCUGCAAUUUUACCUGAACGAGCUAGGAGAGCGGGUGUACACCAUGAAGAAAGUAUGUCCAGAUGGACAGCCGACUUCUUCAGCACAUCCUGCACGGUUCUCCCCAGAUGAUAAGUACUCGCGACACCGCAUAACUAUCAAGAAACGGUUCUGCCUACUCUUGACACAGCAGCCAAGACCUGUUUUGUGAGCCUUGUGGGAGAAAAAGUGUCAGUCGGUUGAUUUUGGCAGAAAGACUAAUGUCUGAUGGACUCGGAAGGAUCAAGCAUUGCGAAUGACUUUACUUUGUGGAUAAGCCCAAAUCUACACUGUCCCACAUCAUUUUUAUUAUUUUUUAAGAUGUUAAACCCUUUGUGUUAAUAAAUCCGUUUUGAUUUUUCAAUCUAG